UCCCCGUCCCUCUAUAAGGCGGCUCCGCCGUUCGGUCCCCGCCACGAUGCCACCGCUCGUCGACCCCGAGACCCCCCCGCUGCCUCCCUGCCCGUGCCGGUGUCCAUCCCGGUGUCGGUGCCGGUGCCGGUACCGGAGCCGGUGUCGUCGCCUCCUCCUCCCGGUUCUCGGAGCCGCCGCUCUCGGAGCCGCCGUCGCCGCCGCCACGGUCACCGUCAUCCUGGGGGUGAGCCCCGGGGGGACCCCGCCGCAGGCUGCUACGGCCGCCCACAUGCUGCUGAGUGCUGGCUCCUUGGUGGUGCCAUCAGGACUCGGUUGGCGCUAUGAGGAAGGCAUCAACGGCGUCUUCCUCAGCAGUGACGUACAGAUGACAGCCGGGAAGCUGCAGGUGACAGCGGGUGGCCUCUACCUCUUCUACGGCCAAUUUGCCGUCACCUGCACGGCAUCAACCUGUCCCCCCGGCACCGUCACCCUCCAGCUCCGACAUGACGUUUCACGGCACCCAUUGCUCACCGUGCCGUUGGCGCUACCCGACAACGCGGGAUCCGAUCCGGCACGGUCUGGUUUGGCCCAAGCCGUCGGGCAACUCCGACGUGGGGAUGUCCUCCGCCUGGAGCUGGCUGGGAAUAUAUCUGGGGACGGGUGGCAGCUGGCACAGGACAAGCGGGAAAGCAAUUUCGUAGGGCUGCUGCGUAUCGCCGGGGGGUGAUGCGUGGGGUGGCAAGGGGGUGACCGGUGGGGUUUGAGGCUGGUCACCCUCCUGGUUGGAGGUUGGGGACAUCUGGGGACAUUGCUGACUUCCAUGCCUGGAGAUUUGGGUCCCCAGACCCCCAUGACCAGAGAUUUGGGGACAUCAAGGGACGUUGCUGACCUCCAUGCCUGGAGACUUGGGUCCCCAGACCCCCGUGACCAGAGAUUUGGGGACA